UAAUUCUAUUACAAUUACCUUUUGUAUGUUGAUUAAAUACAUCAAGAGUUGUGAUUUCGUAUUAAAAUCUUUCUUCAUUUUGACCGAACACAACACAAAAGUUAGCUUCUGGCGAACUUGUCGUUUUAAGCUAGGUGACGUUGAAACUUGACGGUGCUGGACGCCGAAUGUCAUUGAGAAAGUGAACCAUUUAGAGUUAAUGCUGUUUUUGUUAAUAGUGUAUUGUCCUACGGGAAGACUUUGUCGUUUGUCUUAUGUUUUAGAAACAGCUCUUUUAUUCGGCGCUCUGUCUUUGUGCGAACAAGUUCAUUUAUCAUCGCUUUUCAGUUCUUCUGUGUAUUUGAUGACGGAUGGCAUAUAACAGUGGAGUGCUGUACUUGGAGUACUUCCACGUAUAAGGUGUUUAAAUUGGGACGUAUGCAUCUCUAGUUGUGGCCGACGGGACCAGACUAGUUAGUCAUAAUAAACCAUGUCAUGUCACUUAUGAGCGGCCAGUCUGACUGGAGUCACGUUGUUUCAAACUCAAUAAGUGCCUACAGAAGAUGCCUGUCAGUUUUUACUUCAAGUACUUGGGUAGAGUGUGGAUCAGACAGGAUGGCCAGCUUGUGGCGGUCCUACCAGGCCCUGAUGGCGAGGCACCCCUGGACUGUGCAGAUUGUGACGGCGGGCUCUCUGGUGGGCAUUGGUGACGUCAUUUCCCAGCAGCUGAUCGAGAGACGCGGACCCGCUGGUCACAACGUGCGCCGCACCGCCAAGAUGAUGGGCAUCGGCUUCUUUUUCGUGGGUCCGGUCAUCGGAAGCUGGUACAAAGUUCUGGACCGACUGGUGGUGGGGGGAAGCAAGGGUGCCGCCCUCAAGAAGAUGAUGGUGGAUCAGUUGUGCUUCUCCCCGUGUUUUUUGGGGGCCUUCCUUGCUCUGUCUGGCGUUCUAAACGGACUGACGGUGGAGGACAACAUGGCCAAGCUGCGGAGGGACUACACGGAUGCUCUCAUCUCCAACUAUUACCUGUGGCCCCCCGUGCAGAUUGCCAACUUCUACUUCGUCCCGCUGCACUACAGGUUGGCUGUGGUGCAGGUCGUGGCCGUGGCCUGGAACUCCUACUUGACCUGGAAGGCCAACAUGGUGUGACACGCACGCACACACACACACACACACACACACACACACACACACACACACACACUCUUAAUGGUCAGUUUGUGAAGAAGCAAAGUCAUGAAAGUUGUCACUGUGAAAUUGGAGGCGGGGCUGCUAUUAGCUUGUUUUUCUUCCCUUGUUAACAUUUCUGAUGUUUUUGUAGCGUGACAAUAAAUGGACAGAAAAAAGUG